UCGGAGCGUCGCGGGGCUUGGCGGGAGCUUUCAGUCUCGCGGGUGCCUCCAUUCGAGGAGAGCGAUUGCAGUCAGUGGCGAGGGCGUGGAGAGCGGCGCCAUGGCUCCGCGGGGGCGGCGGCGGCGGCGGCGGUCGCGGCCUCCCAAGCCUGAGGGUGCAAGACAGUCGAACAUCUUAGAAAGAACACAUUCCAUGAAAGAUAAAGCUGGUCAAAAGUACAAGCCUGUUGAUGUGUUUGAUUUUCCUGCUAAUUCUGAUGUUUCAAGCGUUGGCAGGCCAGGUGAAAAUGAGAAAGAUGAAGAACCUAAUGAGACCUUUGAUCCUCCUUUACACAGUACAGCUAUAUAUGCUGAUGAGGAAGAAUUCUCCAAACAUUGUGGCCUACAUAUUCCUUCAACUUCUCCAGGAAAAGAAGCAAAAAGAAGUUCAGACACUUCUGGAAAUGAAACAAGUGAAAAUGAAUCUGUGAAAAUUAGUGCAAAAAAGUCAGGAAGAAAGCUCAAGCCCAUUAGUGAUGACUCUGAAAGCACUGAAGGAAUUGUUGUAAGAAGAAAAGUUAAAUCAGCAGAGAAAAUAAGUACACAGCGACAUGAGGCUGUUCCAACUACAGCAUCUUCAGAUCUUUUAGAGAAGCCAAUGGAGUCGGUCACUUCUAGAAAGAUAGGACCCCUUAGUGCCCAGCCUUCUGUUGAAAAAGAGAACUUGGCAAUGGAAAGUCAGUCGAAAACUCAGAAAAAAGGGAAGAAGUCUUAUGACAAAAGGAAGAAAUCAGGACGUGAAGCCAUAGAUUCAGAUACUGCCAACACUGAGCACAUGUGUCUAGACGGAAAGAAAACCAGUGACAUCUUGGAGAUGAAUGUUGUUUUGCCUGAAUUUGGGAAAAUCCAUCAGGAGUAUGCAAAAAGAAUAGAAUCUAAAAUUUGUAAGGCAGCCAUGAACAAAUUUUAUUAUAAUGUUAAAGAACAGUUCACCAAAUUGCUUAAUGAAAGCCAGACGUUGAGAACUCUGAAAAGGAAGAACGCUAAGAUGAUUUCAGAUAUCGAAAAGAAAAGGCAGCGUAUGAUUGAAGUCCAGGAUGAACUGCUUCGGAUGGAGCCACAGCUGAGAAAACUACAAACCAAAUAUGAUGAACUUAAAGAGAGAAAGUCUUCCCUUAGGCACGCAGCAUAUUUCUUAACUAAUUUAAAACAGCUCUAUCAAGAUUAUUCAGAUGUUCAAGCGAAAGAACCAAAUGUAAAGGAAAUGUAUGAUUCAUCCAGCCUUCCAGCUCUGUUAUUUAAAGCAAGAACACUUUUGGGAGCCGAAAGCCAUCUGCAAAAUAUCAACCAUCAGUUAGAGAAGCUCCUUGACCAGGAAUGAGAAGAGCAGUCUGCUAAAACGUGCCUAUAGGAAGACUAGUCUCAUGCUGUUACCUUCUGAAACUGUACUUUAUUAAAUAAAUAGUUUUGCACAGCAGUUAACGCCCACUUACUAAAAUCUAAAAUUUGUUACUCAAAUUAAAUGGUUGUGAACAAUGUUAAAUGGCAUCAAUAGUUUCAUAGGCCAUAAUCUUUUCUGGUUAAUAUCUUUAGUAAUAAAUUUUAAGAUGUUGACACCUUGUCUCAUCAGCCCCAGAUAUGAGUUGCAAUAAACUUGUAAAAUUAAGUUGAUGUGAACACAGACUAAUUUUGAUUUAUAAGGGGAUUUUUACUGAAUUCAAGUACCCCAAAACUAAUUUUCAGUGAAAUUGGUUUAUAGAAGUAAAAAACAAAAAUUGGAAAACAGUGAUAAAACUUAGUUUAUGUAAACAGGUUUAACAAUAUAUUUAUCAAAUCUGACAUAUCAGGCAAAUUAUAGCCUGGUGACAAGUGUCCAGAGUGAAUUAGUUACUCUUGUAAUAUUUCUAUAAUUAGUUCAUCAGGAAUUUCAUCCACUUCACUAUUGUAACUGAGAAGACUGUUCUCUGCCGCUUCAGCUAAUUCAGCAUCUGCAGUAGCUUCUAAAAAAUACGCAUCAUCAAUGCCAUUAUUCCAGUCUGUGUCCGCAGAUGCACCUCUUGACAGCUUGCUAGGUGAUGGCUUAUGAGGAUUCUGGGUUUCACUGCUCCUAGUUUCAUCUGUUGUAAACUCUUCUUCCUUUAUUUCAGUGGAGAAAGGUGAGCGAGUGGGAUAUGAAAAUACUUACUCAGCAUGUGAUUUGACCAUUUACUCUCUGUUGAAGUAAGGUAUGAAGUGACUAUGCUGGAGGAAUGCUGUCUGAUACCUCACCGUGGGAAUGAGUGCACUGAUUGAAACGUUGCUGCGCUUAAGCUUAGACAAACUUGAAACAGCAAAUUUGAAAUUCCAUCAAUUAUUUUGCCAUAGAAUGUCUUCAGGAUGGACAUUUAGUUGAUCUCCCACUAAAUAAUUUUAAUCAGUUUAGUGGUACAUGCUGUAAUCGCAGCUACUUGGGAGGCUGAGACAAGAGGACUGCUUGAGGCCAGGAGUUUGAGACUAGCCUGGGCAACAUGACACCCCCUCAUUAAAAUACUAUAAAAAUUCCUUUAGCUACGUACUUAAAUAUUAGGAAUUGAAAAGUUCUGAUGUCUACAGUUUAAUAAGAGUCAUCAGAAAUAAGAAUGCAUACGUAUACAGUAGAGGGAGAAAGCGAAUGUAAUCAAAUGCGACAUAUGGAGCCCCAUGGAGGACAGACGGCAGAGUUCCCUGUUGUACAUUUCUGUAGGUUCAGGUGACCAAUGAAAUAAGAUAAUCACUGCAACACAGAAAAGCAGAUAAAUAACACCAACUGGUAAUUUAGUUUAAAGUAUUUUUUAAAUAAGUGAAGCAGGAAAGGCAAAAUGUUAACUGAAAACUAAGUGACAGCUACAUGGGUGUUCAUUCUAUUCUUUAUCUUUCAUUAUUUUAAAAGGUUAUGUCCAAGCAGUGGUAAUACAUUACACCAAAGUUACUUUCAACUUGGCAUUUUGAGGUUUUAAGUGGAUAAGCAGAAAAAAUAGCUUAAAAAUGUACUGCAAUUGUGAAUAUGUAAAUCACAAUCCAGACCAACAAGGAUGAUGCAAUCAUCCUCCUCUUGGCAACAAAGUUUAUUUUUUAGAAUUUACUUUGUUCUUGGUUGUUUCAAAACAUUUUAACCUGGUAUUUUACCAGGGAAUCUGGCUAUCAGUUAUUUUAUGUCUAGCUCUUGCAGACCAAGAACGGGAUUUCCACCAUUUCAAACAGAGUUUUUUCAAGAGACAUGUUUUAAGACAGCAGAUACCAGAUUGAGUUUUCUAGAAUAUAAACCCAAUCAAUCACUUCUGCUUGUAGCAGGUAAUGUGAAGGAAAAAGCUGAUAGAUGUGACCAAAAAAACAACUAGAAUUUAAAAGUACAAAAAGUAUGUCAAAAAGAGUACUUAAGUUAUUGCAAAAAAGUUACAGAAAAAUGGACAGAGGAUAGGUACAGGCACUUCAUUAAAUAAACAGUGAAUCUGAAAAGAGUUCAUUAAAUGCAAAUUAAAACAACUGAGGUAAAACAACUGCUUUUUGCCUAUCAGAUUAGUACUGAUUUGAGGCAAACAAGCACUGUUGCAAAGUGAGUAAUAGGCGCUUUCAUCAAUCUGUGGAAGUCUAAUAUGCCGUAAUUCUUAUAGAGAGCAAUUUGGUAAGGGUACUACUGAAAAUAUUUGUGAUAGUUUUUCUUCCACUUAACAAGUAUGAGAUAGUAUGUGUGCUACCACUUCAAAAAAAACAUGAGCAUACAUCAGUUCUGGAAGGUACAUGUCGAAACACAUAUCCGAUAUCUCUGGUCAAAUGAGUGAGGAAGAUUCUUUCCUCUUGCUUUUUGAGUAUUUGAGAAUUUUAUGUAGCUCACUGCAACCUCUGCCUCCUGGGUUCAAGGGAUUCUCCUGCCUCAGCCUCCAAAGUAGCUGGGAUAAUAGGCACACUCCACCACACCUGGCUAAUUUUUGUAUUUUCAGUAGAGAUAGGGUUUCACCAUGUUGGCCGGGCUGUUCUCAAACUCAUGACCUCAAGAGAUCUACCCUCCUCGGCCUCCCAAAGUGCUGGGAUUACAGGCAUGAGCCCCCGCAUCCAACUAAUUUUAUGUAUUUUCAAUUCAUUCCACAAUGCAUGCUAAUUAUUUGGGUAAAUAAAAAAUCUUUAAGAGAAAAAUGCUGGUUUGGCAAUCUGGUAAUAUCUACCAAAAUUAAAACUGAAUAUGUCCUUUGACACAAUUCUACUUCUAGAAAUUCAUCCUAUAGAUACAGAUGUUCAAAGAAACACAAAGAUGGGUAUUUUGUUUCUUUCAAAAGCAAAACAUGGGAAACUUCUUAAAUGUCUGGGACAGAUUAAACUGUACAUCUCAAGCAGCAGUGAAAAGAUGCAUAUUAUGAGAUCUGUGCUGAGAUGGGAAAUUGACUACAAUAUAUUUCUAUAAUACAGUCGUAAGUGAACACCAGGUACCAGAUGUUUUUCAAAGCUAUUUGGACACUACUCGUGGCUCAUGUAUACUACUGUACCAAGAACUUCCUGGUUAGGAGGAAGACACUAAAGUCUGCACUUACCUCUUUGAAAAGAAACAGGAGACAUACUUCAGCAGGUAAUGGGAAACCUGAAUCAGAAAGAUAGCAAAACUAUUACAUAUUACACCUAUAUAAUUUUUACUUUGUGGUAAAGAUAAAAAUUAGUAACUCACAGUCAGAUUUGAAGUUUUCUGCUUUACACACAGGGUCAUGACAUUUUUGAUACCAAACUUCGUUUUUCAGAUCAACCAGAAUCCUUUAUGUUUAAAAAAAACAGAAAAACUAGUAUUAAUAUCGAGACUGGGCAGAAAACAAAAUCCAGCUGCAUGCUGUUCCACGUAAAUGCCUAAGACUUAAAAGAUAGAGGAAAAAAGGAAAAGCAUGGAAAUAGAUACAUACCAAUCAAAAUGAUGGUUGCCAAAAAUCACCCAAAAUGAACUGCAGGGCAAAAAGUAGAUACUGACAAAAGCUCCCCCAGGAAGACAGAACAAUUUUCAACCUAUAUUCACCAAAUGAUACAGCUGCAAAAUACGUGAGCAAAAAUGGACAAGACUAUAAUGAUAAGCAAAUCUACCAUGAAUCAAGGUUUAUAAAAAAAAUAUUCUCAGUAAUUUAUAGACCAAAUAACCACAAAAAAGGUCCAAUAAGGAUACAGAAAACAUGAAUGACAAGAAGUUUGAUCUAAUAGGUAUAUAUGAAGGAGCUCUUUAUAACAUCAAUUCCAUGCUAACUAUAAAGUGAAUUUUAUCAAGAUUAUUGGUUCAUACAGAACACAUUCUCUGAGCAUAAAGCAAAAUUUAGAAAUAAAAAGCUAAUAGAGGCCGGGCGGGGUGGCUCAAGCCUGUAAUCCCAGCACUUUGGGAGGCCGAGGCGGGUGGAUCGCGAGGUCAAGAGAUCGAGACCAUCCUGGUCAACAUGGUGAAACCCUGAAAAAAAAUGAGCUGGGCAUGGUGGCGCGUGCCUGUAGUCCCAGCUACUCAGGAGGCUGAGGCAGGAGAAUUGCCUGAACCCAGGAGGCGGAGGUUGCGGUGAGCCGAGACUGCACCAUUGCACUCCAGCCUGGGUAACAGAGAGAAACUCCGUCUCAAAAAAAAAAAAAAAAGCUAAUAGAAAUACAUUAAUUUGGAAAUUAAAAACAUUUUAAAAUAACCAAUGGCUCAAGGAAAAAUAGUGGUAAUUAGAAAAUGCUUAGACAUGAAUGGACUGGAAGUGUACAUAUUAAAAUACAUGAAAUGCAGUUAAAGUGACCUUUAGAGGACAAUCUUAAAAGCUUGUGUUAUGGGCCAGGUAUGGUGGCUCACGCCUGUAAUCCCAGCACUUUGGAGGCCAAAGCAGGUGGAUCACAAGGUCAAGAGAUCGAGACCAUCCUGGCCAACACUGUGAAACCCCAUCUCUACUAAAAAAUACAAAAAUUAGCUGGGUGUGGUGGUGCGCGCCUGUAAUCUCAGCUACUCAGGAGGCUAAGGCAGGAGAAUCGCUUGAACUCGGGAGGCGGAGACUGCAGUGAGCCGAGGUCGGGCCGCGGCACUCCAGCCUGGUGACAGAGCAAGACUCCGUCAAAAAAAAACAACAACAACAAAAAAGCUUGUGUUAUGAAAGAAUGGCUAAAGAUACAUGGAUUAAGUAAAGUGGAAAAUAAGCAACUGAAUAAACCCUAAUAAAAGGCAGGUGACCAGGUGUGGUGGCUCACACCUGUAAUCCCAGAACUUUGGGAGGCCAAGGCGGGAGGAUCACAAGGUCAGGCAUUUGAGACCAGCCUGACCAACAUAGUGAAACCCCAUCUCUACUAAAAAUACAAAAAACGAGCCAGUCAUGGUGGCGGGCACCUGCGAUCCCAGCUACGUGGGAAGCUGAAGCAGGAGAAUUGCUUGAACCCAGGAGGCAGAGGUUGCAGUGAGCCAAGAUCACGCCACUGCACUCCAGCCCAUGCAGCAGUGUGGAACUCCAUCUCAAAAAAAUAAAUACAUACAAUAAAAGGAAGUCAUAAAGAGCAAAAAGUAAAAAGAAUCAACAAGGCCUACAUUUGAAGAAAAUGAAAUUAGAGUAAAAUUGCCAUUUUACCACAAGGCAAAGACACAAACGUUUCUAGAAAUUAAAUGCGGCAUAUACAAAAAUAUUGUGAACAAUUUUUGCCAGUAACUUUAAAUUUUGUAAAAUAGAUAAAGUACUAGAUAAAAAUAAACUAAGCAAACUUAAGCAACAGAAAACCUAAACAAUCCUAUAAUCACUAAAAUUCUUAAAAAUUUGAUUACUUUAAAAUUUUUCCACAUUUCACAGAAAAGGAAAGAAGAUGGCUAACAUUCCCUGAGGUGGGUGGUCAGUGAGGUGUGGGGUGGGGAGGUGGUAAGGGACAUGUACCCAGGAGCAAAAAAAAAAGGCAGGUGACUUUAGUGUGUCCUUAAACAUUCUAGCAACAAAUUUCCCAACUGACGAGCUAAUGCUGUGCCCCGGGCACUGGAGGAUAUUGGAACGUUUCUAAAACACACAGUGAAACGUGACACUUGUUGAGCAGUCAGAAAACGCCUUGCUUGCAGUUCACAUGUUCAACUGACGCUGUACUUCAUUUCUUUCAUUUAUGUUCCAUCUUCGUAGAGCUGCGCUUUGGGGGUGUGUUUGUAAUAAAAAGUGCCAUUAACAUCAAUGGAGAACAAGAUAUUAGUUGGGAAUGGUGGCGUCUAAUCUUUUAAGAAGGCAUACAUAGGCCUGACGAGGUGGCUCACACCUGUAAUCCCAGCAUUUUGGGAGGCUGCGGCAGGAGGAUAGCUUGAGGGCAAGAGUUCAAGACCAAACUGGGCAACACAGGGAGGCCCCAUCUACAAAAAAUUAAAAAAUCAGCCAGAGAUGGUGGCACACCUGCAGUCCAAACUGAGAGGCUGAAGCAGGAGGAUCGCUCCAGCCCAGGAGAUGGAGGAUCGCCCCAGCCCAGGAGAUGAUGGAGGAUCGCCCCAGCCCAGGAGAUGAUGGAGGAUCGCCCCAGCCCAGGAGAUGAUGGAGGAUCGCCCCAGCCCAGGAGAUGAUGGAGGAUCGCCCCAGCCCAGGAGAUGAUGGAGGAUCGCCCCAGCCCAGGAGAUGAUGGAGGAUCGCCCCAGCCCAGGAGAUGAUGGAGGAUCGCCCCAGCCCAGGAGAUGAUGGAGGAUCGCCCCAGCCCAGGAGAUGAUGGAGGAUCGCCCCAGCCCAGGAGAUGAUGGAGGAUCGCCCCAGCCCAGGAGAUGAUGGAGGAUCGCCCCAGCCCAGGAGAUGAUGGAGGAUCGCCCCAGCCCAGGAGAUGAUGGAGGAUCGCCCCAGCCCAGGAGAUGAUGGAGGAUCGCCCCAGCCCAGGAGAUGAUGGAGGAUCGCCCCAGCCCAGGAGAUGAUGGAGGAUCGCCCCAGCCCAGGAGAUGAUGGAGGAUCGCCCCAGCCCAGGAGAUGAUGGAGGAUCGCCCCAGCCCAGGAGAUGGAGGCUGCAGUGAGCCACUGCACUCUGCACUCAAGCCUGGGUUGUGCCACUGCACUCAAGCCUGGGUUGUGCCACUGCACUCAAGCCUGGGUUGUGCCACUGCACUCAAGCCUGGGUUGUGCCACUGUACUCAAGCCUGGGCGACAGGGUAAGAUCCUGUCUCAAAACAAUGAAAAAAAAAAAAAGUGUAUACAUCCCAUUAAUAAGUAACAGUAUUUAAGAAUGAGAUAAAAAGGUUUUUUUUUUUUUAAGUUUAUGGAUACUAUUAUUCAAACUGCUACUAAAUUGUUAGGAUAUAAAUACUUAUCAAGUUGUUUGAAAGUAACUAAUUCAUUAACAGAACUCGGGUACUUAUUUUGGCCUCAGAGAAAAUGUGAAAAACCGAAGACACCAGGGGAGCCAUGAACCAAGAAAAUCUGGUAACUUCUGGAGCAAAUGCUAGGUCAGUCCUUACCUACAGAAUGCUCUUUGUAGGAUGUUUCUGACUUUAGAAUUGCAUUUGGUAAAUAAGCCUGGAAUCUAUGGAUUAUGAGGCAUGGUUUCCAGAAAUGUCACCCAGCUAUGCAACGUGAGUGUAAAAUGAGAUAAUUCAUAACCUUGGGGCUUCCUGCUGUGUGCAGGGAUUGCUACUUCUGCCUCCGGUUUCUGCCUGAGUCAGAGAGGGCAGGAAGGGCUAGGGGAGCCAGGCCAGAUGCCCAGGCCUCGCUCUGCCCCAUUUGUGCCUUUUCAGUCCUUGAGUCCUUACGUUAUUAGUUAAGCUUGAUCCCGGGCAAGAUUUCUGAUUUGUGUGAAUGUAAUUCGAUUACCCAAUCCUUAACUUCAUUAGUAAUCAGUGAGAUUCCCAUGAAAACCACCAUAUUGUUUUAUACCUGCCGGAUGAGCAAAACCAAUUUUUUAAUCCUAACAAUACUAAAUGUUUGGAAAACUCUGCCCCUACCGCAAACGCUCUCUCUCUCUCUCUCUCUUUCCCUCCCCCACAAAGAGGCUCCCUUAUCUCUCACUUUACAUACCGGCCCUAGCCCUCAUGCUGCCCAGCUUCCCGCUGCCCAGCUUCCCGCCCAGCAGUUCAAACUGACCAACAGUUGCCCACCACCUCGGCUUUUGGCUUCCCCACCCCCAGCCCUUCAGCCCCCUAUAAAUAACCCUGCCCCUCUGAGCGGCGCGGCCAUUCUCCUCUUCCUCCCAGCUGGCCCGCCCGGAGGCUCUUUCCUCUCAAUAAAGCCUGAACUUAAGGAAUUUCCUCUAGCCUGCGGUCCGGUUUCUUUCCCAAUGAGCCCAGUCUUCCCGCAGAGGGUAGGUCGGACAAAUGGUGCCGGAAACCCGGGACGGGAGCUGGGGCCGUUGGCCCGGCCACGGCCCCCCUCCCCGACCUACCCAACACUGGCCCUGCCACCUCCACGUUCCGAUUAAGGUAAGCCAAGUUUUUCUUGCUUUGCCUUCCCCCGCUUCCCGUCUCCUCUUCCUACGGCAUGGUGCAGUUGCUCCCUCUCCAGCGUUCCGCACGGACUCCUUGCCUAGUCUCGGCCGAGCCAAGGUAGUCUUCCGUUCCGGCUCCAGGAGCCUUCCGAGGGACAGCCGCCAGACGGGGGACGCCCCUCUGACCGCUUCCCUUUCCGUACUUAAUUGUACUCCGGGGAAUUUGCAAUGAACGGGGACGCCUUUUCGUUGCAUCUGCCCACCCGCGCCGGAGAGUCUGUAGCUGCGCCUGCCAUGGGAAAUUCGGAGUCCAAAAUACCUCUGAGCACCCCCCUCGGGUGCUUGCUGCGAAAUUUUACCAAAUUGGGAUAUUCCCAAACCCUCAGAAAGAAAAAGCUUAUUUUCCUGUCCCACGUGGCUUGGCCCCAAUACAAACUCAGUAACCAGUCACAUUGGCCCCCGACUGGCACUUUUGAUUUCAACACCCUCCGAGAUCUCGACGAUUUUUGUCGCCGUGCGGGCAAGGACAAUGAAAUUCCUUACGUCCAGGCUUUUUGGGACCUCCGUACCCACCCCAACCUAUGUUCUUCCUGCUCCACCUACCAAAUCCUCUUAUCUCGAACCCCCCGUAAAUCUUCCUCCACUACCUCUCCCCCUCCCUACUCCUCACCGGAGGAUCUGCCUGAACAUCUGUCCUCUCCUGCCAAUCUCAGCAACCACUCGCCAUCAACGGCACGCCCUUCCCCCACUCCCUCUGCACCUCCUACCUCAGAGGCCAUGCCUCGCUCUCCCUCUACUCCCUCCAAGCCCCCUCCCUCAGAGGCCGCACUUCCUCUUGCCUCUCCGGUGGCGGCCCACACCCGCUCCCACCAGCCAGCUAUCCUGGCCCCACUCCGAGAAGUAGCAGGCGCAGAAGGUUUAAUCAGGGUCCAUGUUCCUUUCUCACUCCAAGACCUGUCCCAAAUUGAGAAACGUUUAGGAUCCUUCUCAGCCAACCCGUCCACCUAUAUUAAAGAAUUCCAAUACCUCACUCAAACAUAAGAAGCCCUAGUCCGGUACACUCGACUAGAUCCAGCCUCCCAAAAUGGGGCCACUGUAUUAGCCUCCCAUUUUAUCUCCCAAUCAGCACCC